AUGCAGCUUAUAAGUGAUCGUGAAGAUCCUGAAUAAUUAAUAACCUAAGGAGCAUGUUCAGUGGAAAUUCCAAUAUAAAGAAAUCGACCUUCUUCAUAAUAUAUGCUACAUGGUUCUUAAAACAGAAAAUUAAAAACUUAAGCUACUAUUUCAAUAUUUGGGUAUUUAAAUUAUAUAAUUGAUAGGACUUUUAAUACUUAAGAAGAUAAAACAACAAUAACUCGAGACACUAGAAGUAUGUUUGUUAGAAUAGUAAGGAAAUUGAUCAUCUUAAAAUGUUUUUUUGAUUCAUUAGAAUAAUAUAGAAAAGAAAAAUUGUAAUAAAGAGUAGAGUUUUAUUUUUAAAAAAGAACAAAUAUGAUUCCAUUUUAUCCAGAUGACUGUUUUAUUGUAUUUUGGAUGAAAGUAGUAACUCUACUUUAAUUUUUGUCUUGCAUUAUUUAUCCACUGUUUAUUACAUUUGAUGAUUUAGAAAGCGAUUUAUAAUUUAUCAUAUUGGUUUUGGAUAUUCUUUUCUUAGUUGAUAUAUUAUUAAUAUUUUUGACAGCAUACAUAGAUGAAACAUCCUCAUUAAAAAUAUCUUUAUUUGAGAUAGCUACACAUUAUUUAAAGACAUGGUUCAUUUUUGAUUUUUUAUCAAUAUUUCCUUGGAUUUAAAUAGAAAUAGAUUAUAUGAGAUUUUUUAGGUUGUGCAGAAUAUUAAAAUAUUUUAUAUAUAAGUAAAAACAUAGCUAUAAAGGAUAAGCAGAACAACAAAAAAUUACCACAUCAUUUAAUCCAGAUUAUAAAAUAUAAUUGAAGGAAGGAAUUAAAUUUAUAAUAGAUGUUAUGAUAACAGCCUUCUUAUUAAUACACAUAUUUGCUUGUGGAUAUCAUUAUUUAUUAGAUAUAAAAUACAUAGAUGCACUUUAUUAGUCAACUCAAACAAUAACAACAAUUGGUUAUGGUGAUAGUUCUUAAUUUAUAAUGUUUGAAUAUUAAAUUUUGUGGUUGAUUAUAGGUGUUGGGUUUUAUACUAUUACUAUUGGUGAUUUUGCAUAUAUGAUGCAAAGAUCAGGUGUUAAUUAGGAUGAUGAAUAUUAUUUCUAAUUAGAAUAAUUGUGUUUUGUUUCUGAUUUCCCUGAAAAGAUAAAAAAUUAGUUUUAAAGAUUCAUAUCAACUAACUUAAACAAUAAUGCAUUUUGGUCUAGUUAUCAUAAGAAAAUGGUUAAUGACUUACCAUAUUAAAUAUAAAAUUAUCUAGUUUUAAGUGGAAUGCUUUAAAUAUGUGAGGCUAUCCCAUUUUUUAUCUAAGAUAUCAAUUUUACAAUUGAAUUAUUGAAUAAUGUGUAAUUCUUUGUAAUUGAAGAGAAUGAACUUAUAUACAGAGAAGGUUAGAAUUCAAAUGAAAUUUAUUUCUUAUUGUCAGGAAAUAUAAGAAUAAUGACAAAAACCAAAUUUACAUUAUUAAAUAUUUUUGAAGGAACUAUGUUUGGUGAAUUUGAAGCAAUUGAAGAAACAUUGAGAGCAACUUAUGCUAUGGCUCUUUAAAAAUCUUUGAUUUUAAAAGUUGAUUAUGCUAUAUUAGAAAAAUCUAUGAAUAUGAGUCCUAAUCUAUAUUUUGAAGUUUAGCAACUAUUUCAUCGUAGAAGAAAAUUAUUGAUAAAUAAUCUAAAAGUUGAUAAAUGUAUGUUAUUCUAAACCAUAUUAGUUAGCCUUAAGAAAAAAGGUUAGAAGAUCAGUUUUAAUUUAACUCAGUCAUGAACAAUUAUAGUUUAAUAGAUAAGAAAUGAAAAAAUAAAGAGAAUUAAGAGAACUAAAAAAUAUUAAUGAAUAUAAUUAAAUGAUGUUAAGGCAAUUAAUUGAUAAAAAGAGACACAAAUUUGAAAAAUUAAUAGCAAGUUUUAGAUUAGUUGUGUUUCGUAUAAUUCAUUUCAACUAACAAUUAAAUAGAACACCUCCUGAAGAUUGGAAAGAUUUGGAUAAUUACAAUUUAAUAAAGAGAGUGUUUCCUUUACGUUGUUUAUCAGAUAAGUUUUAAGUAUUUUUUAGAAAGUCUUCUUCAGUCCAUAGUUUAUCAGUUCAUCGCGGUUCUAUUCGUCGAAGAAUCGAUUAUCAUAAAUAUAAUAAAUAUAAUUGGCAACUUAGUGAUGUUUAAAUAAAAUAGAUUAUUUUAAUGCACAACAGGAGAUCUGCAAAAGUAUAUCCUACUUUAAGUAGCGUUGUGUAAAAAUACUAAGUAGGUACAAUAGCAUCAUCUCCAUAAAGGAUUAUUAGAUACUGUCCUAAAUGGAUUAGAGAUUUAGUAUAGGAAGAUUAUUCCUCAAAAGAAAUGGAAGAAUUUGUUUGGAAAUAUCAUUAAAUCAAUAAAAGAUUGGAUAGGAUUGAUAAAAUGUGGACGAAAGGACUUAUACUUAGAUUUGAUAAGUUUAAACUAAAAAGUUAAAAAGAUUUGGAUCAUCUUGACACUGAAUCAUCUGAAGAGUAAUGA